AUGACGAUGCUCCCAGAAAUUCCUAACGAGAUCCUACUGGAGGUUUCCCUCCACCUUGACUAUACUGGGCUCAAUGCAUUCACACGGGUCAGCCGUCACUUCUAUGCCUUGUCAAACAGGGUUCUUUACAGAACUAUCGCUAAAGACUCACCUGGGAAAGCGAUAGCAUGGGCAGCCGAAAAAGGGAAGGAAACUAGUGCGCGGAAACUGUUGCAGAUGUGCGGCUCAAAGAUAUUGGACGACCUUGUCUUUGAAGGGCGAGAACCAAUAGUGAUCGCCGCAUCGAAUGGACACACCCGCCUUGUCGAAUUAUUCCUGCCCCAUUGCAUUCAACACGCCACCGAAAAAGAAGGAGAUCUAUUCAAAAGAGCGCUUACUGAGGCAAUUCCGGAAGAGCACAUUGAGGUGGUCAAACUGCUCCUCGAACAUAAGGCCAAUUUCAAUACCAACAGCCAGGACAGACAUGCUGCGAUCCCUUUAUGCAAGGCAGUCGAAAUGGAACAUGUAUUAAUUGUGAGGCUUUUCCUCGAACACAAUUACUGCAAACUUGAUACAUAUGACAUGUAUGGAAUGACGCCCCUAGCCCUAGCUGCUACAGCAAAAGCAUCACCUACAAAUCUGGAAAUUGCCGAACUCUUGGUAGAGGCUGGCGCAGAUUUGCAUAUAGAUCACCAACUGUUACUCAGAGCGGCGAAAUCUGACAACCUCCCCGUCAUGAAGCUCUUUCUAGCAAACAACCUCAAUUGGCGGCGAUUAGGAUGGUUUGAUGUCUUAUGUGAAUUCUCUCGACCGAAACCGAAGAACCACGAGAUGGGGGCAUUACUGCUGAGUUGGAUUGAUGUGGAUCGCAUACUGAAUUUUAGUAACGUUCAACGCUGCUAUCUUUUGAGGGGAGCGAUUACCAACCGUCUUGACGAUCUGCUAGAGAAGAUACUCGAUGAGUGGCCUGUCCUUAAUAAAGACCAUCAAGCAGAGCGAAAGGCAAUCCAUUUCUGUCCGUUGAGUUUGGCUGUCUGCUAUGGCCGGCCUAGGGCCGUCAAGCUCUUACUCGAACACGGCGCUGACCCUAGUGGCGACGAUGACUGUCCACCGGUACAAUUUGCUCUUGAAAAAGGAAAGGACGCAAUGGCAAGACUGCUAUUUGACAAAGGAGCGACAUUUGAUCCGGAAAAGUGUCAUGGGUCGUCUGAAUACCGUCAAUUGCUGAAGCUUCGUAUGGCUCGAGUGCAAAGGGUGGCCUGUUAA